GCGGGAGCGCUGAGCCAGAGCUGUCCAGGCAACCCUCUCGGUCCUGCCAGGCCUGCAGGAUGAGGAGAUUUAGGCAAAAGUCCCUUAAUUCAUGCUGCAUCUUCUGGCUCGUGCUUCUGCUGAAAGCUACCUCUUCCUCCCCUCUGCCUCACGGAAACGACCCACCACCCCUUGCGCUCCCCUCCGGGCUGUAUAAAGGACAUACCUGUGUCGGGUGCGUGCUUGUGGUGUCUGUAAUUGAACAGCUUGCACAAUGGCACAACAGUACGGUGAAGGCAGCCGUGGAGAGGCUGUGCAACUACAUACCUGAAAAAGUGCAAGGUUUCUGUUAUGUACUUGCUGAACUUUACGGACCACACAUAGCUGAUCUGAUAGACAAGGAAAUGAAUGCCGAUGUGGUCUGCCAUUCCUUGAAGCUGUGUGAACAGGAUCCAGGACAACCGCUUUGUCAUCUCUACCCUCCUCCAAAGGUGGGCCUGAGCACUGCAAUAAGAAAAGCAAAAAGGAUGGUGAAGACUUCCAAGGACCUGAAAAGCUUCAUGGGUUUCUCCAGUGUAUGUGCAUUUCCUCCUCUGGCUAACCUGUGUGAGAAGAUGAAAUAUGUUAUAAGAAAUAAACUGCCUUUUGAAGAUACUGAUGGAGAUAAAUUUAGUACUUUCCCGACUUUGAGGGGCUAUCACUGGCGAGGCAGAGACUGCAACGACAAAAACAGCACUGUGUACCCUGGCAGACGUCCUGAUAACUGGGAUGCAAAAAUUGACUCCAACUGCAAUGGCAUAUGGGGAGUGGAUCCAAAAGAUGGAAUUCCCUACGAGGAGAAGUUCUGCAAAGGUGCGGACUCACAAGGAGUGGUGCUGUUGGGAGACUCGGCGGGCGCCCACUUCCACAUCCCUCCCGAGUGGAUGACGGUCACGCAGAUGACAGCGAAAUCGUUUGCUAAUCUCCCAAUGGCUUUCACUGAUGAGCUUGACUGGCCUCAGUUCUCAGAGAUCACUGGAUUCCUGAACUCCACCAUCGGUGGCUGGACAGACUCUCUGUAUCUGCGUUUACGCAGGAGAAAUCGCUGUAAUCACAGGGACUUACAGAACAUCUCCCAAAAUGGUGGCUCUUCGGGAAACCUCCUCUCUUUAAUAAAAAGCUUGGCCAGAAACCAGCUGUUGGACAAUCCAGCCAUAGUUAUCUACGCUACAAUUGGGAAUGAUGUCUGCAAUGGGAACCAUGACACACUGGCCCACAUGACUACACCCAAGGAAAUGCACUCCAACGUGGUGCAAGCUCUGCAGUACCUGGACACCCGCCUUCCCAACGGCAGCCACGUGAUUUUAACGGGCUUGGUAGAUGGCCGCUUCCUCUGGGACAACCUGCACGACAGAUACCAUCCUCUAGGCCAGCUGAACAGGGAUGUCACGUACAGGCAAAUUUAUUCUUUCCUCGACUGCCUCCAGAGAGCUUUGCAACUUUCCAAUGUCCUGAAAGAAAUAGCGAGAUCUGAGAAAUUUGCCCACUUUGAUGUUUUCUACAUGGAUUUCCCACUGAGACAAACGACCGAGGAGUGGCAGAAGAUGGGAGGUGAGCCCUGGCAGCUGAUUGAACCAGUUGAUGGCUUUCAUCCCAGCCAGAUUGCUGCAGCCCUUGGAACGAGCAUUACCUGGCAGAAGGCUCUACAUGAAUGGCCUCAAGUGCUUGGAAAGGAGAAUCCCUUCAACGACCAGAUCGAAGCUGUGUUCAAAGAUCAAGGCGGGCACUGACUCCCGGGGAGCCCUGAUGGUGCUGCUUCCCAGCACACGCCAGCAAACAACAGGAUUAAAGACACACACAAAACGGGGGGGGGCAAGUUAUCAGAGCCAGCAGCAGUGGACAUAACACAAGAGCAUUCUCUGCAGCCUGUAUCUCACCUGCCCAAGUAGGCUGUGCUUUUUCCAUGGAGCUACAAAAUAAGAAUCAAAGGCUACCUGCCAGCUAGACCACUGAUUGUAUGGGUUUGCAAAGCCACCUGAUCCAUUUUUUCCACGUCCAGCAAACUCCAAGCCCUGCCUAUUGUUUUUUAUUGUUUCUGGGCUUUCCAUUUGUAGUUUCAACAGUUAAUCUCAUACCACGAGGCAGGGGGUGGUACCCAAACUCAUUACGUUGCUAUCAAUCGUAUGUAUGUAAUUGCCCUGACUGUCAAUACAUUAUUUAGCUGCUCUUUGCUUAUUAAAAUGUGCCAGGAAUAACAAGGUGCUAGAGUCUUGAUUGACCUGGCAGCAUCAAUGCAGGCUAACAGAGCACAGGUUCUCUUCCCCUCCCUGUUAACAAGACAACCCUUCCUGUAUUUAAAUCAGGUUGCUGCUUCAACCUGUAACACAUCUUUGCCCUUCUGCUUCCUAACAAACACGACAUACCCAGUCCUGUGAGUUUGACAGGCAUGACCCAGGGAAUCACUGAAGAUACUGGGCAGCCCUUACCUGCUGUUCUUCACACACAGACUUCAAGGUUGAGAAUUACAAGCGGUUUUCUCACCAAAUCUUAGCACAAUAAAAAUAAAACAUUAAGAAAU